AUGAUGAUGAUCUUUCAAGUGGGAGAAGAAUUUAUUAAAAGUAUUUUAAGUUUUUGUGUAAAAAGUAAAUCUAAAAUAUGGGUUUUAACUAUUUACUGUGAAAAUGUUAAGGCGGAUAUCGUUUAUGAGCAACUGGGUACGGAUAUUUGUAGUGUUGCAACUGUUAAAUGGGAGGCCUCCAUUAUAGCAGCCAUAUCACUUCUGGGCAUUAUAGUCUACAUGAUGUGGAAAUUUAAAUAUAGGUGAGUGGCAUAAACUUUGUUAACAUUUCAUAAUUUACGGGCGGCAGUGGCUCUGUUAUUGUUGGCCAUAAAUACCAUAGAAUUAGCCAAGGCACUGUUGCCACUGCCGGCUAAUAUAAAUGAUGCCGGAGGAGGGGGAGGAGGAGCUAGUAACAGUGGCAAUAACGGAUAUGAAAACAAUUACCCAGGAAACGGAAGUGAAAGUAAUUUGCCUCAACAACAACAACAGCACGAGCAGACAUUUAUGAACACUGAACCGGAUUUUAUAAUUGUUGUUAUUGGUUUUGCCUCUCUGGCCAAUGCCUUGGCCGCUUUGAUUUUAACCAUCAUGUUAAUUUUUCAUCGUGUGGUCGAAUUGAAAAAAUCUCUAGAAUUUUUAUACAUCAGCAGCACAUUGUCGGUGUUAAUUUUCGUUUUACGUAUUUAUGAAUUGGCGGAAAUUGUUUACUAUGAUUCUCUGAUGGCCUUGGAAUCUAUUAUACAGGCCUCAUCGGCUUUAUGUUUAUUACUAUUGGCCAUUAUAGAUGGUUUUACCGUUUACAAAGAGCGCUAUCGUCCUGACUAUUUGGAAGAUUAUGACAAAAUCGGCUAUCGCCACACAUUGGCUACUUUCUAUUCUAAAGCCUGUUUCUGGUGGCUAACACCUUUACUUUGGUUUGGCUAUAAAGAACCUUUGGAAUUGGAGGAUUUGGGUCAAAUGCGUGUAGAGGAUAGUGCUCGGGCUCAUUAUGAUCGCUUUUUAUUAAUCUACAAACAGCAAAAGUGGUAAGUUAAAAAUUCAAAUAAACCACCAUCUUUAUGGUUGUGCUAUUUGAAAAGCAGUUGGCGGAUGUUCACAUUGGGUGGCCUGUUAAAAUUGUUUGGUGAUUUAUUUGCGGUGAUUGGCCUGGCCAUACAACAAAUUGUCCAAUACAUUGAGAAUAUGUAUGCCAUACAAUACAAUGAAAGCAGCAACAACAACAACAGUAAUGCAUUACUACAAAUGAAUACGACCAAGAGCAAUAUAACCAACAGCAAUAAUAUAAGUAGAGGCAAUAACAAUACAUCAAUUACCACCCCAGAGAUGCAAACGUCAUUGUCAUCUCUAACAGCAUUAUUACAAGCUACCGCAGCAGUAUCAUCGUCAUUAUCCUUCGAACACAAGGAAUAUUUAGGACGUAGUAUUAGAAGUCCUAUUAACAUACAGGCAGCAGUUGUUAAAACUAUAAAACAAGUAGUAACACAAGCAAAAGAAUCAGCAGCAGAUGUAGCAGCUACAGGAUCAAUAUGGUUGCCAAAUUUAAAUGACACUUAUACGAAUAGCAGCUACAACAAUAACAACAAUCACACAAAUAGUAAUAGCAAUGUGUAUAAUCAAAUUGCAAAUGGCAUCGAUUACAUUGAUACCACAUCCUACUCAUCAUCAUCAUCGCCGUAUUCCGAUUUCUACUCAAGUGGUGCUGAAGUGAAAAUUUACUAUCCAACAUGGUUAGAUUUACUAUCAAAUGGUUGGGCUAUUGCAUGGAUAGUACUUUUAGCCGCAUUGGCACAGGGUGCCUUAUCACAGGCCUCUACACACAUACUCAAUAUGACUGGCAUAAGGAUUAAGACAUCACUGCAGGGUCUUAUUUAUCGUAAAACACUAUUGUUGAAUUCAACAUGUAUUGGAGGUGGUGGUGGUAAUGCCGGUGGUGUUGAUGUCACCAUAACAACGAACAUUAAUUCACCAACAACAACUACAACAACCUCAACCAGUCACAAUACUACUGGUCAUAAAAAUGAAGCUAGUAAUAGUACAAUACCACCACCUGGAAUAGCCGGAAGUAAUAUUGAAAAUAGUGUGAAUACUAAUUGUGAUAAUAUUCAGAGUUAUAAUAUUGAUAAAGAUUCCAAUUACCUUAAGGCCCAUAAAAUUGAUAAAGAGAAGAAAUGGAAAAUUGUAACUUUAAGUGAUAUUGGUGCCAUUACAAUGAUGUCCGAAGAUACUUUGAAUAUAAUGUCCUUCUUUUGGAUUGCUCAUUAUGUAUGGGCCAUACCCCUAAAAAUUGCUAUUGUUAUGUAUUUGCUGUAUUUGAAAUUAGGCAUAAGUGCUGUUAUUGGUUCCUUUGUGUGCAUCUUAACAAUGACACCUUUACAGUUUCUAAUAGGCAAGGCCAUGUCACAAAAUACGGAAAUUAUGGCGAAAUUUACUGAUAAUCGCUUAAGGAAACUACAUGACUGUUUUGUGGGCAUUAAACUGAUCAAAUUGAAUGCCUGGGAUAAUGUCUUUAUAAAGAAAAUAAACGAGGCCCGAAAACAGGAAUUGAAAUAUCUCAACAAAGAUUCCUUUUACUGGACCAUAAUGACUAUUUUGACUCAUAUCUCCUCGGUUUUAAUUACUUUUGUCACUCUCUCGGUAUAUGUGUAUCGUGAAACUGGAGCCGAAUUCACCGCCAGUCGUUUAUUUUCCGCCUUGGCCUUAUUUCAACAACUUACCGUUCCUUUACUAAUAUUUCCCAUUACCGUGCCCAUUAUAUUAUCAGCCGUGGUCUCCACCAAACGUUUGGAAACCUUUUUAGCUGCCAAUGAAAUACAAAAACAAUUUGAGGGCAUACGCAAUAUGGCUCGUAUUUUAAGUAAAAGUGAUGCCUCUCUCGAUAUGUAUGAGGUCAAGGAUAAAUCACAAUCUCUACCCUCGAAUAUAUCGUUAAAAAAUGUUAAUGAAAAACCUAAAAUAAAAAUAAUUAUACCCGAUAAACCUGCCCCCUUGGCCAACUCAGAGCCUCACACUCCCCUAAUAGUAAGUGAAUCCAAAGAGCCUUUACGUUUUGCCGAAGAUCAUAAAAGACUGUCUUUACAUGCUCGCAAAGAACUAUUGCGCAAUACACCCUAUGUGGUGAUAAGACCGCGUAAACUACAUAUGCCUGGUCUGCAGACCCAGGCUGUGACAGCAGCAGCAUCCGCCAAUCCAGGCACAACAAAUUUACAUCGUAAAACUGAUUCUUGGCAUCGUGAUUCAUUACUCUUAAAAAUGCCCGAUGAUAUAGCGGUGUCGGUGAAGGAUUGUAAAUUCUCGUGGAAUCCUCAAAAGUUGAUGCAAAUUUUAUAUAUACGUGAUAUUGUUAUACCGCGUGGCAAGCUGACCAUGAUUGUGGGUAAAAAUGGCAGUGGAAAGACAUCUUUGUUGUCGGCUUUACUGAUGGAAAUGCCUUUGAUAUCGGGCGAUAUGAUAUGGAACAAAACCUCUACGAUUGCUUUUGUACCCCAACAGCCCUGGCUGCUUAAUGCCAGCAUUCGUGAGAAUAUUUUAUUUGGGGAAUCUUUUCGUCCACGACGCUAUGAUUUUGUUCUAGAAGCCUGUGCUCUUAAACCGGAUAUAGAGCUGAUGCCGGCGGGAGAUUUGACGGUGAUAGGAGAGCGUGGCAUCAAUAUGUCGGGUGGUCAAAGACAAAGAGUGGCCAUAGCUAGAGCUUUAUAUUCCUCAGCUAAUGUGGUGAUAAUGGAUGAUCCUUUAUCAUCGUUAGACAAUGAAGUGGCCCGUCACAUAUUUGAACAAAGUAUUAAAAAAAUGCUAUUGAAAGCCAAUCGCACUGUCAUUUUAGUGACACAACAAUUAAAUUUACUACAACAGGCACACAAUGUAAUUAAUGUGUUGAAAGAUGGUUGCCUGCAAGCAUCGGUAAGCUACAAGGAUAUCGAAGUAACUCAUCCUCAUAUAAUCGCUAAAUGGACAAUAAUUGCUAAAGCCAAUGCAAAAGAACAACAAAAUAAUUCUGAAGAAAAUGCUGCUCUAGGCCGAACAGCUCGUGAACGAUGGAAAUUAUUUAAAAAUGUGGCCAAAUUGGGACUACAGCGUUCAGCUUCUAUAACAAAUUCAGGUGCUGCUUCUGCUCACACACCUAGUGAAUUGGAUGCGGAAACGGAUAUGAAACCAACAAGUUCUAUGGAAAACAUAUUAGCAGCUGACGAAGAUGAUGUAGAUGCCUACAAUCAAAUUUUGCCGGCGCACUCUUCUAUGAUCUCACACAAUACCAGCUUCAAAUUGAAACGUACCCCCUCUACUGUUUAUGGAUCACGGCAUCUCAUCUACGACGUUCCCCUGCCUCUUGAUGAAUGCCAAACGGAGAACGUCAUCCUAAGACGCCGCAGACGUACCAGCAGUCGUAGUGAUAGUCAACAGAAAGCCCGACCCAGUUCAAGAACUUCUAGUCGCCUAAGCAAUAUCAGCAAUACACCCACGGAACUAAGAAGAAGUUUACUCACCAACAGUUGCAGUAGUGCCAAUAGUUAUAUGACCAAUUUAAGUAGUAAUUAUGGAGAUGAGGUUACACCCACAUCUCGCACUCAAUCAUGGCAGCCAUCCACUAACACUAUAACGAAACAACAUCAACCUGUAGCUAGAAAUAUUUCUUCACCACCCACUUUUGAUGAGCAACUGGUUAAGGAGGAAGACGAAAAAGAUUCAUCGGAUGCUGCCCUAGUGGCAGAUUUGGUAAAAACUUCCGCUUCUAAUAAUGGUUUUCAACAGUUUUUGCGAAGAAUGUCUAUGAGAAAAUCGUUUAAGCCAAAAGGUGUGGUAAGCGGAGGACAUAAUAGGAGACCGCAUGGUGGUAAUACGGGUUCAAUAUUAAGUAUCUCUGAGGAAUCUGGCAUUGCUGGUUGUAGUGCUGCUUCGGUGCCAUCAAUUGAAUUGAGUUCAGUGGCAGCAACGGAUGCUGAAACUGAGACGGAAAGUUGGAUUGCUGGUAUAGAAAAUGAAGAAUCCAUACAAGAUGCCAAUAUUGACUAUAUGUUGUUGUCCAACAAUGGAAACAAUUCAAUAAAACAGAAAAACAGCAAUACAGCAGUAGCAACAACAAAACAUCAACAACCACCCACUACAAGUUAUGAUGUUGAACGUAAAUAUGGCAAAAUACCGGCGGAAAUAUAUUUGCUUUAUUUACGUGCAUCUGGUUUAACAAUUGUUUUAAUAUUUUUCAUCACGGCCCUAAUAUGGCAAACAUUGCGUGUUUAUACGGAUGUCUGGUUACAACACUGGACUGACGACAACUUUCAUUCGAAUCUUUUACAAAAAGCAACAGCAGCAGUUGCUACAAAUGCCACAAAGAAUAUAUCCGCACUACAUGAGCAACAAAUGAGCCACAAAUAUGCAUCAACAACAAUAGCAAUGAGUGCAUUUGCAUUGCCAUCUGCAUCAUCACUAGCUGGACGAGCAACAAUGACAGAAAAUGUAGAAAGUCAUGAAGUCACGUAUUAUUUUCAUAUUUAUGCUGCCAUUUCGUGUGUUUGUAUUCUGAUGGCCAUGUUAUCAACGCCGGCUGGUCAAUGGGCCGGCUGUAAAGCUCGUCAAAAUUUGCAUGAUAAACUUUUACAGUCGAUUAUGCACAAGUCAUUGCAUUUUUAAAUUACACCAUUGGGUCGAAUAAUGAAUAGGUUUAGUAAUGAUAUGGCCAUAAUAGAUAAGAAAAUUGCUGCUACCAGCCAACGUUUGUUACAAUUCACUUUAUGUGUCUGUGUGCCAUUCUACAAUGUUAUAUUCCCCUGGUUUAUGGUAGUGACCAUUCCUGUCUGUCUGGCUUAUUAUGCCAUUCAAAAGUUCUAUAGAUGUUCCUCCAGAGAAUUACAACGUAUUGAAAAUGCCACCAACUCACCAGUGAUAUCACAUCUAUCGGAAACCAUACAAGGUGUAACAACAAUACGUGCCUACAAUCAAGAGUCACGUUUUACAGAAAUCCUCUUUCGACGACUUGAAGAAAAUACAAUUGCAUUUACCAUAUUGAAUACCAGUAAUCGUUGGUUGGGUAUAUCAUUGGAUUACCUAGGUGGUGUGAUUGUAUUUGUGGCCAUAGUGACAGCUUUAUUGGCGGCAACAAUUGCCUGUAACAACUAUAGUAAACAAGUUGAUCAACAGCAGUACAACAGUGACAAUAAUAAACACUCGGUGACAAGCGAUACAAUAGCGACAUUGUUGCCCCUGACACCGACACCAUCUUUGGUUGGUUUGGCCAUAAACUAUACGCUGUUGAUGCCAAUUUAUUUGAAUUGGGUUGUAAAACUUUUGGCCGACAUGGAAAUGUAUGUUGGUUCCGUAGAACGUAUUGCUUAUUAUGCUGAAGAAGCUACAGAGAAUAUGGAAGAUGUUGAGGAAAAGAAAUUAGGGCACAAAGAGGAAGAAGAAGAAACAACUCAUAAAAAUGAAAAUGAAGCUAGUAAAGAUAAUAAGAGGAGCAAACAUGACAGGAAAACAAUUGCAACAUCAUCACCGACAACAUCACCAACAACUGCCAUGAACAUUAAGUCAAAGAAGUGUUCAACAUCUUCUAACUCGAACACAUCGUCGAAGCCAUUAGAACGUAAUGAUGCAGAACGAAGAGCCAGUGUGCGACGUUUGGCCAAGUGUAAAAAACAAUACAAUCCAGUAGCAAUUUCGUGGCCACAACGUGGUGAUAUAUCUUUUGAAAAUGUCAGUUUACGUUAUGAAGGGCAACCAGAGGAUGUUAUUAAAAAUUUAAACUUAACAAUACCAGCAGGUCAAAGG